UGGAAUGACUACUUCGAAGAAAGUCCUCGCUAUCCCGAAAACUUAUUUCGGCGAAGGUUUAGGAUGUCUCGUAAUUUGUUUAAUCGCAUAGCUGAAACUAUACUUCAACAUGAUUAUGAUGGUUAUUUUACGCAAAAAAGAAGUUCUUGUGGACUUCUUGGGUUGCAUCCGUUGCAAAAGAUGACCGCAACAAUGCGAAUGCUAACUUAUGGAAUAGCAGCUGAUAGUGCCGAUGACUACAUCCGGUCUGCAGAAGCUACUAAUCUAGAGGCUUGCAAGAAGUUUGUGAUCAAAAUUUGUGAAGUCUUUGGGAACCAAUACCUGAGAUCUCCAAAUGAAGAAGAUACUACAAGAUUACUUGCAAUAGGGGAGGAAAGAGGAUUCCCUGCUGAAGGUGAAGCUCCAGAAGUGAAUUAUACCAUCAAUGGUCAUCAAUACACAAUGGGGUAUUACCUUGCAGAUGGCAUAUAUCCACGGUGGGCAACAUUUGUGAAGACCAUACCAUCUCCACAAACAAGAAAGAAGAAACAUUUUGCCCAAAGGCAAGAGGCGGCUAGAAAGGAUGUGGAACGAGCCUUUGGAGUUCUGCAAUCCCGUUUUGCCAUUGUCCGAGGACCUGCGAAAGGAUGGAAACGUAAAGAAAUCGGUGAUGUCAUGAAAGCUUGUGUCAUAAUGCACAAUAUGAUAGUUGAAGACGAACGACACACUGGUCAGCAAAACAACACUUAUGAGGCAAUGGGAGAAAGAGUCAGGGUGUCCUCUACUCAUGCGGAAGAGCUGAGUGCAUUUAUUCAGAUGCAUCAGCAAAUUAGAAACAAAGAUGAACAUUCUCAGCUUCAAGAUGAUCUAGUUGAGCACCUCUGGCAGAAGUUUGGACACGAAUGAUGUAGUACAAGUAACUUUGUAGUCUAUUUCCUUUCAUCUAGUUUUUCAUGUAUGCAUAAGAAAUAG